GUGUAGUGUAAAGAUUGCGGCAAAGCAUGCGGCAGUUCAUCCGGAGUGUCAAAAUGAGUUCUUGUUCAGGAAAGUGGUGAUGUCAUCACCGGCCCCACUUUUAUAGCUGUACCUGGAGCUAACGUCACGACCUGAUGAUCGAGGAUGUUCCCCCUCAGUCUCGACCGGUGUAGCACAGUAGUGACGUUAACGAACUCUUGUUGAGGAAACAUCAAAAAGUCAAUUACUACCUCCUUGCGUAUUUUCCCCUCUUCUAAUCUCUCCCUCUUCUCAUCUCCAACCUCCAAUUCAUCUCAGGAUUCCCUAACCAGAGACCAAACACACUAACAAUCACUACCACUUACACCACCAACCACCUACCGACAAGAAACAAAACAACAACAAACACCACAAGGCAACAUGCAGUCCAUCCUCCAAAAAGCCACCGGCAUUGGCCCCAAGCCUGUCCAGCCCACCGACCUCAACGGCCGCGUAGCCGUCGUGACCGGCGGCGCCUUCGGCAUCGGCUUUGAAGUUUCUCGCGCCCUCGCCAAUGCCGGCUGCCGUGUCAUCAUGGUGAACCGCAAGGAAGAGCAAGGCGACGAUGCCAAAGCAACCAUCACCGCCGAGACCCCCGGCGCAGUCGUUGAAUGGCGCGAAUGCGACAUGGGCAACCUUUCGCAGGUUCGCUCCGUCUUCUCGGAACUGCGCGAGCAGCUCGACCGGCUCGAUUUCCUGGUUCUGUCGGCGGGCAUCAACACGAACCAGUACGGACUGGAUGCGGACGGGAUCGAUCGGCACUUUGGUGUGAACUACUUGGGACAGUAUUAUGUGGUCAAUCAACUGUACCCGGUGCUGAAGAAGACGAGCAAGUUGCCGAAUACCCCCGCGCCGAGGGUGGUGUUUGAGGCGAGCGAGAUGCAUCGGGCGGCGCCCAGCGCGGUGCAUUUUGCUAGUCUCGAUGAGAUCAACAACCCGGACUUGGGACCGACGGAGUUGUACGGGAGGACCAAGCUGGCGAUGAUUCUGUUUGCCAAGUACGGGCUGGCGGAGAAGGUGAUUAAGAAGAACGGGGACAACAUCUAUGCGGCUUCGGUGCAUCCUGGUGCAGUCAACACCGCCAUGCAACAACAAUGGAAGGACGCCUACCCUGGCAUCACCGGCAAACUUCUCACAUGGGCCACACUGGCCUUUGGCCGCGAUGUGAAGCAGGGGUCUUAUAGUGCCUUGUGGGCGCUUACUGACCCCAAGAUCGAGGAACAGAACUUGAACGGAUGGUACUUCAGUGACCCUGACCAGCCUGGCAAGGAGACUUCCCAGGCUUCCGACCCCGUUCUGGGUCAGGCUCUCUGGGAUCUGAGCGAGCGCAUCAUCAAGGAUAAGCUUGGCGAGGAUGCUUUGGUUGACUGGUACUCUGCUUAAAGUACCUACACGUCAAAGGGGAGGAUGAAGAGUGAUCACUUUCUUGUAACGACGACAUGACCUAGAGAUUACCUGCCUUAACUUGAUAGCAAGCAAACAAGCAUUUUGGUUCACAACAUUCGAUAGGAAAUUACUGACCAUACUAUGGUCAGUGACGACAUUUACCCUCACCGUCCUUACACAUCAAGCAUACAUGUAUCACUUAUAAGUAAUAGCCUGGCACUCGCGGGGUCCCUGAACAUGGUGGGGCGGGUGAAGUGAAACCCUUUGGGCUGGCUCGUCUCUCAUGGAAGCCAUUUUUACACAUGUCGAAAUUGUUUCUUUUG